AUGGCGGAUAAGAAGGAAUCAGGCACUCUUGAAAAGAUUGUGGCCUUUUUGGCCGGUCUAUCCUUUUACCAACUACCUUACCUGGCCCUGGCUACCGGCAAGUACACUCUGGGAAGGUUUAUGAUAUCCCCAAGCUUCGUGAGCAUAUACAUUAACCGGAUUAAUGUAUCCUUUAGGAUCAUUACUCUCCUGGGAAUCACAACAAUGACAGUAUACUCCCAGUGCAAGGGACGUUACAAGACACAGCUUUGCAUGGCGUUCUUCCCAUUGCUCCAUCUUUGCUAUAUUUUCCUCCUGUUUGUCUAUGCUUCAGGAGGAGCUCAGGGGCACAUGACCUUGUAUUACUGGGGGAUUUUAAUUGGAUCGUUUGUCCUUGGCUUAUGCUUUACUACGGCCGUAGAGAUUUUAUCCGCAAACGUAGUCUGUCUCCUAGCAGCUCUUCCAAUGGCUGGAAUUGUAGUAUCACUUUAUCACCUCUCAUUUCUGGUAAUUGGAAGCUUCAUUGGAGUGUCUGAUGUCAACUACUGGCUAGUCGUGUGCCAGAUUAUCAUGGGCGCAUUGUUGACUGGAUCAAGCGCAAUUUUGUACAUUGUUGCUUAUUGGAAUAAGAAGGAUGCUACAGGUGGAGAUGGUGGAGAUCCUGACCCAUUCAUGACAGCCUUUGCAAAGGCCUGGUCACCCAUCCUUUUAAUCACUCUGGGUUAUGGUCUUCACAGUGCCUUUUAUUCUGCCAUUGCACCUUACAAGCUCAUAGGAGUUAGAAAGGGGUACACAAUCGAUAUGACUAUCCUCUUUACAAGCGCUAUAGCUCCCUUGUCAGUUUUAGUUUUAAAAGAGAAGGAUAUGGGACCAAACAAACCGUGGAGAGACAGUGAUGCCAUAUGGCAUGCCUCGUGGAUAUUCUUUGUAAUUGAGGUAUUUUGUGCCGUUAUAUUUGCAUGUAGUCUUCAUUUCCCCGAGUGGAGGCUCACAAAAGUUGUCAGAAGUAAUGCUCUUGUUUUGGGAUUUCUCACUGUUUUGUAUGAUACAUGCGCACAGGCAACAAGAACUAUUGGUACCAACGGAGCAGACACGCAAGGGCAGCCAAAAACAAGUAAUAACAUCAUGAACACCUUUAACACAUUCACAUAUUCCCUCUCGCAAGUUAUCUUUGCAUUCCUCGGAGACGGCUAUGUCAAGACGUACUCCAAAUAUGAACACAAUAGGGAAAGGUGGCCCACUAAGCAUUACACCAAUAAAAGAGCAUUCUGGUUCUGGACCUGGAGCGCAACAAAAGUCUCGUACCAUACUCUUGGAACCGCAUUUACCACAGAUUUAAGAUCCGAAGUUAUCGGAAAGAAGGAGCUUCUCUUUAUUGUCUAUGCCGAUGACACUAAUGACAGUAGCAAACCUACCAAGGCAAAAGAUCCUAAAGUAAUGAAGAUAGUUCAUGGUAUUUAA